GGCCAAAUAUAAUUACACUGUGGGCCAGAUUUGGCCCCCGGGCCUGAGUUUUACACAUGUGAACUAGAAAAUAGUGGUGAGGGUUCACUUACAGGGGCUAAAUUAUUAUUUCUAAAGAACUGUAAAAAGAUAUAUCAGGAAUUACAGUAUGUUAGCCAGGUUUUGUCUAAAAUGUAGCCAACAACUGCUGAAAUUGAACAAAGACUCUUGCAAAAGACUAUGGGUAAGACAAAUCAGUAAAGAAUUGCCAAAAGUUGGCAAAAUGUGAGCCCAUAAAUUCUAGCGAAAUCAGUAAGAGUAACAGUAAGAUGAAAACAAAGCAAAAAUAAAAUGGUUGGAGGAAAAUGUGGUAAAUCAAGCACUGACCAGUUUUAGUCUAAGAAAGCUUAACAUUAGCCAUAAUACAAAUGAAUGUUGCAGAAAUUGCUAAGAUAUAAGUAUAUGAUUUUACAAUCCUGAUGGUCUUAACAUAAAUGAAAUAUAUCUAACUGUUAACCGCAAAAUAGCUAGUUGUUACAGGAUCCCACAGGGUUUAACUAAGUUGUAAGUUCUGUAUAAGACAAUAACUGACUGCCUUAGUCCAGAUAACUCCAUCAAAUUGCAAUAUUUCAAAUAGUUAUAAUGUUAUAAAACAAUGACAUUGAUUUUAGCUCUGUGUGUUUGAUUUUUGUCUCAUACUGAUAAAUCAUGAACUUUAAACAAUUUUGUGUUACGGUAAGCGUACCCUUCUCCUAAGAAUGAAUCACUGUUUUGUAUGUGAGCCAUUUUCCAGAGAAAAGAACAGUUUUAGGUUGACAGGUCUGCACUGGUCACAUUAGUCACUCACAUUAGUGAAGCUCGUGCGACUCGUGGUACUUUCUUUAUCUGUAAAUAAUUGACCUAUUCCUGCCUGAUAGGAAUGUUUGGUUUCUUCUGAACACAGAUAUAAUCUGUGCCAUUCUCCUGAACAACCUGCUCCAGGAUAUGUUUGUACUGUCACAAGGAAAAGAAGAAUUAACCUCACUUUAGUAAAGUAAACAAUAUUACCAGCUAGACAGGUUUUGCUAUUUUAAAUUCUGACAUUGAGGAAGCAGACUAAGAAGUCGUCCCCCCGUGAUAUUGUCUGUCCUGUGUGUCCUGGUUACGCUCAGAUCACUAAGGGUUUAAUUAUUGCAGAGAGCAAACCCCAAUGGCCUUAUGGGAGGUGUGAUGGAGAGUUGGAUAGGAGUAAGUCAGGUAAGAUGAAACGAGACAGAGGAGGGCACCACUGAACCAAGCUGUGACAUGUACUGCACCAACACCUACUGCUUAAUCAGCUACUGGAAAUCUUGAGUUAUUUUAAAUAAGGGACGAAGGCUUUCCCACCUGCUGCCAGGAUCUGACCUGCAGCAACAUGUGAAGGAGAAGGAGGCGAGAGAGGAAGUGCUGCGGUUGGAGGUUGGCAUCAAAGUGUGGUCUGAUCACAGAGGCUUUAUGCAGCAGAUCCCUUCUAACUUUCAUCCGUGCGCUCCGGAAGCAUUUUACCCUUAUUUUUUCCCACCAUGUCAGGGGGUACUGUCCCUGUUACCCAGCAGGGGGACCCAGCUGGUGCAGCAUCCAUCCCUGUGGAGCCCAUGGAUGUGGAGUGUCCCAUCUGUUAUCAGGAGUACAACCAGUACAACAAAUGCCCCAGGAUGCUGGAGUGCCUCCAUGUGUUUUGCACUGAGUGCCUCCAGAGGAUCCAACUCUGCCACUUGGAGCACCCUGACCCCAAUAUCCCACCGGCCAUCCCCUGCCCCUUGUGUCGCCACCCUACUCCUCUAGAAUCUGGUGAUGCUCUCUCUUUACCUUGCAACUCACACAUCCUGGCCAGGCUUCCUCCCUUCCUCCUGCCCGUUUCAAUGGCUGCGCACCUGGCAACGGUCACCCAGAAGGUGGUUCUCUCCCUGGAGAGUGAGAGCAGGGACACCCGCUUCAUCAUCCUGCCCACUGUCAGCCUGCAGGUGCAGCAGAUGCAUCCUGACAGACCGUACGACCCAGUGCUAGACCAGGUGGGUGAAGAGGAAGUAAUAGAGCAGAGUAGGAAGACGCUGUUCUGCGUUCAGUUGCUGGCCAUCAUCUUCUGGGUGCUGUUUGUGAUCACCUGUGUGGUUGGUGUAGUGUUUGGGCCACACAUUCUGAACAGACAACUUUGACUGGACUCAGGAGUGUCCUCCUUUUAUGUAGUAGUUGGGAUUUUAAGAUUUAACGUCAUGCUUUCAUCUGUUCUUGUGUUUUAUUUGAUAGAUAUAUUUUUUGACUGCUGUGGUUGAUGUUAAUUCUUUAUGGCACGUGUUUCUCUUUUAAUCAUUCUUAUCCACUGUUCUGCAUCGGCUGCUUUGUUUGUGAAUACGUUGAUAAAGUGUGCCCUCUACUGGUUAAUCGACAAAUCUACCUUUUAGGUGUUUUAAAUUGAAUAAAACAUCAUUAAUAAAACAUUAUAAUUAAUAAAACAUUUUUCGAAGUGUUUUAGUUUCAUUCUUUUGCAGUAUUGCGUUACAUUUGUAUUUGUUUUGUUAUUUAAACCUGGAUUGUGAUGGAGUAAACAUGUGCACAAAUACUUUCUCACAUUGACAUUGCUGUGCUGCAUGUGGUCUCAAUUAGACACUAAGUUACUUCGCUGAGUUGUGAAUUAUUUGUUGCAUUUCCACGUACAAUUAAGUAACAAUGAUGUACUUACCAAAACCCAAAAAUUCAAGAUUCAAGAAUUGUAUUUGUUACAUGCAAAUCAUACAGUGUAGAGUGAAGUGUGUACCUGCAGAGUGAACACUUAAAAAACACUUAACAGAGUAAAAAGUUAAAACAGUGAACCUUCCUCCUUU